CUCCGUCCGUCACUUCCGCCCGCUCGCCUCGGCAGCUCCAAUAUGGCGGCGCCCUGUGGCUCCUCACAGCUCCAAGCCACCGAGUCGCCGCUGAAGAUCCCCAAGAUGGAGGUGCUGUCUCCCGGCUCGCCCGGGGCGCUCAGCGACGGCAACCCCAGCCUCUCCGACCCCUCCACGCCCAGCGGCGCCUCCCCGCUAGGCCCCGCCGGCCCGGGCUCGGUGGCCGCGGGGGUUUCGACGGGGGUCGGGGCUGGCUCGGGGGGAGGCGGCGCCGGGGGCCGCGGCGGAGCCUCGCCGUCCGUCUCCUUUUCGCCCGGCGGCACAGCCACCACCGCCGCCUGCCGAGGCAUGUCGUGGACGCCGGCCGAGACCAACGCGCUGAUCGCCGUGUGGGGCAACGAGCGGCUGGUGGAGGCGCGCUACCAGCAGUUGGAGGGCGCCGGCACCGUCUUCGGCAGCAAGGCCCCCGGGCCCGCCAUGUACGAGCGCGUCUCCCGGGCCCUGGCCGAGCUGGGCUACGAGCGGACACCGUCCCAGUGCCGGGAGCGCAUCAAGACCCUUCGCAGGUGUUACAGCCGAGUGAAAGAGCACGGAGUUGGGAAGAGGAAAAGCAGUUACACUUUUGAACAGUUGGAACAGGUGUUUGGUCAAGGAGGAUGGGACUCUCAACCCUGCCAACCAGUGCUUAUCAACAGUAGUGGCCUCUAUCAAGAGCUGGAGUCAGACGGCAGCACAAUGGAGGAGUACUCGCAAGACGAAUGGGGGAACCACAGUCAGGAUCUCCACUGCUACCAGUCGGGAGAUCCAGACUUGGACGAGAUGCCAGCUACGAAGAAAUCGUUGAAGAUAAAGCAGGAAUCUUCUGAAGAAUCGCAGAAACGUGGCAUGAUGCAGAAUAUUGUACAGAUCUUGGAAUCCGUCCAGUUAAAAUGGGAGCUGUUUCAGAGCUGGACAGACUUUUCUAGGCUACAUCUUUCGAACAAACUGGCCAUUUUUGGCAUCGGCUAUAACACGCGGUGGAAGGAGGAUAUCCGUUACCACUACGCUGAGAUCAGUUCCCAGGUUCCCCUUGGCAAGCGGCUCCGGGAGUAUUUCAACUCAGAGAAGCCAGAGGGCAGGAUCAUCAUGACCAGGGUACAGAAAAUGAACUGGAAGAAUGUUUACUACAAAUUCCUAGAGAUCACAAUUAGUGAAGCCAGGUGCCUGGAGCUGCACAUGGAGAUUGACUGGAUACCUAUUGCUCACUCCAAGCCAACUGGUGGGAAUAUCGUCCAGUAUUUAUUACCUGGGGGGAUUCCUAAAAGCCCUGGUCUGUAUGCCAUUGGUUAUGAAGAUUGUCAUGGGAAACCACUGUCUCCUGAUCAUGAGGGCAGCAGCCAAGACCCUGAGAAUGAGACUCUGGGGGAUGCAGAAAUGCCUUUAUCUCAAGGCUCUCUUAAAGUGGGGAUGGAGCCCACCCGAAUCAUAUAUUGUUACCUUGGUAUUGCCGAGGUCAGAACUCUCCAGCAGUGUCUGUUCUUACAUUUUCAGGCAAACACCAAAACCUUCAGCAAAGAGUGGGUCGGAAUCAAUGGUUUUUUAUCUCAGAACUGCAUUGUGGAGCCAGGGGUUUCACCCAAAUCCAUUUACAUCAAAUUUGUGGAAGUGGAGAGGGACUUCCUUUCUGCGGGAUCUUUGGUAGAGUGCCUGGAAAAAGCCAUUGGAUACCCGUUGAAAUUUAACAACUGAAAUCUCAUCCUUCAUAAGGAUCAUUGGAGCUUUUGUCUCUUGUGCAGCGUCUGGACACUUUAUGGUAUCUUGCAGUACACAGAUGGGUGAAGGAAGCCUUUCUGUGUGAAACUGAACUCAAAGGAAGGGGGGGUGGGGCACACAUGCACAAACACAUGCAAGCGAUUCACAAAAAGUUGAUCCCAAAUGAGUAAAAUAUACAACUUACUCACUUGGGCCGCUCAGCUGGUUUUGUAAAGAGCAGACUCUGAAAGGGAGCCCCUGUAAAUAUAAUUGACUGUUGGUACAUUCCACAUUGGACAAACGUACACUUUGCGUUUCAUAUGAAAACUGUUUUCCACAAUGUCUCAUUUUUACACAUCUGUCUCUAUAUAAGUGUUAUUACAGUUAUGUAAUAAAUAAGCAAUAGAUAAUGGCAAGUUUAAACUUGGAGUCACAUGAGACUGUUUUUCAGUGCCACUCUUAGCUCUUCUUGUAUAUAAUUUAGCAUUUUCAUGUUUUUUCACCCAUCAUGUGUUUUACUAUUCCAACCAGUGUUGCCUGCAAAAAACCUUCUGUUUCUGUGAUGUAUUCCACUUUACUAGUAGUAAUGCCAUAUCAGCAUUUUUGUUUUGGUUUUUUUAUGUUAAAGUAAUCCCUGGCCUUUUUAUUUUUUUAAAAUUUUCAGUUAGCUUCUUUUGUGUGGCAGUGAAAGUAACUCGACUGCUGGGAAGCAUUUUGGCAAACCAUGCUUUAUCAAAUACAAUCAAAGCUGUGAGAAGGGGUUGGGGUGGGUGGGGAGGGAGAAUCUAUGGACCAGGGGACUAAACGUUUUUACAUGCCUCAUCAAAAUGUUAUUAUAUAAGCCCCAUUUCGCUGCUGGCGAGUGCUGGCUUUUUAAUUUUAAUUUUUUUUAAUAAAAACCCUCAUUUGAUCAGUGGAAGUUGUGACAUACGAUGAAUGUGUCAGUCCAAAUAAAAACAAAAUGUGGAUUUUCA